AUGAUGCGUGAAAAUACCAGUUUAGGAACUAUGAAACAAUCAAGACCACCUCUUCAUGAUGAUGACGAUGAAAGAGAAGAAGAAUAUAAUAAUCGCUCUCGUAAUUCGGCUCAAUUUGCUAACGAAGGUAGAGGUAAUCAUCGUGGUGGUCCUAGAAAUGCUCCGUCACGCGGUGGUUUCGAUGAUCGUCCUAUAACUCCUUUGCGAUCAAGUUUUAAACAAGUUGCUGAGAGAUAUGGUGAUGAAGAUGAUUCACAAUAUCAUGAUAAUCGUUAUAAUGAUCGUAGUCCAACGCGUGAUAAUGAAGGAACAUUAACAAAUCAACGACUUAUGUCUGCAUCACAACGUUCAACAAUGAACUCAAUGAGUCGAACUAUAGAUCCAAAAUAUGCAGCUAAACCUAAACAACCAACAAAAAAUACGUCACUCGGAAGAACCAUGGGUAGUAUGACAAGAGAAAGAUCAACUCUUGAAGAUGGAAAUGGCACUACAUUAAGAGAUAAUCCAAAAAAUGAUCCAUACGGUCCAGCAGCGAGAGAUAUGAAAAUUCAUACAUUACGAGCAAAAGCAAUUAAUUUGUUAGGUGAAUCAACAUUUGAAAGAGUUUAUGAUUAUUAUGUUAAACAACGUACUGCGCAAAAAACAGAUCCAAAUUUAGAUGAUGUAAAAAUUAGUGAAGGUCUUAAAUCAAUUGUUCAAAAACCUGCUAAUUGUUUUCUUGUUGAUCAACUUGUAUUCCUUGAACUUAUAUCAUAA